UCGCGGCUCAGAUCUGAAAGUAUAUGUGAAAACAGUCACAUGGCUUGACAAGAAAAAAAAAGCAAGAGGAGGAGGAAGUGUGGACCGGAUGACAGCAUGCUUACCUGCCAGACUUUAUUCUCCCCAAUGAGUUCACCUGACGCUUCUGUGGAUUUGGGCACCUGUUGGAGGAUCUAACCGGCCGGUGGACAUGACACAGAACGGCACAGUAGCCGGCAAUGGCACACACACUGAUGCGCUCAAAAUCGUGAUCGUCGGGGAUGGAGGAUGCGGGAAAACAUCUUUACUUAUGGUGUACGCCAAAGGAGACUUUCCCGAGAAAUACGCUCCAUCUGUGUUCGACAAAUAUGUCACCACGGUGUCUUACGGAGGGAAGGACAUCCAGCUGAAUCUCUACGAUACAGCAGGCCAGGAGGACUACGAUCGCUUGAGGCCUCUGUCGUAUCAGGACGUAAACAUUGUUCUCAUCUGCUACGAUGUGACCAAUCCAACGUCAUUCGACAAUGUCAAGAUAAAGUGGUACCCAGAAGUCCGUCAUUUCUGCCGUGAUGCCCCUAUUAUACUGAUAGGCUGCAAGACGGACCUGCGAAAGGACAAGGAGAAGAUGAGGAGGCUCAAAGCGUUAGAUCAGGCACCCAUCACCUACCUCCUGGGUGAACAGACGCAAAAGGAAAUGAACGCUGAGAUUUAUCUGGAGUGUUCGGCUAAAUAUAGAGAAAAUGUAGAGGACAUUUUCAGAGAAGCAACAAAGCGAGCGUUAGCAGCCAGAGCUAAAGCCAGACAUCGCAGCAAGAAGAAACACUGCACUGUUUUGUGACCUUUCCUGAAAAACAUGCAUACAUUUUGUAUAUUUGAACUAUGAUAUGUUGUAAACAUUCAGGAAUCAUCUGCAGAGCUUCCAGGAAGGUUUAAGCCUUCUUGAAGGAAUAUUAUCAGGACAUUGAGGGCGUGUUUUCAAUCUACCCACCUAGCAAGACAUACUGUUUGACAGAGAUCAUCACUGUGUGCACGCGAUGUUUGUUACGAUCCACUCCACAUCUUUCUGGCGGUGUUACUCAUUUGACUUGAUGGAGUUUUAUCUUCCAUGUUGAUCAUGGAGGUGGAAAAACUGCUGCUGAUGUCUCAGGGAUGACCAUACGCAUAUUAGAUGGUCGUAUUGUAAGUUUGGUUACAUUUUGUGUCAUUUAUAAUGCUAACCGCUAUUAUUAUGAACUUAGUGUAGCAUGUUUCUGCAGUGUAGUUCAUGUUAUGCACCGUAGUAUUAAAUGUUAACUGUGUUAAGACUAGGCAUGGGCCGGUAUAAGAUUGUGACGGUAUGAUAACCUUGGAUAAAAAUAUCAGGGUUUCACAGUAUCAUGGUAUUGUGAUUACUGCUCUAAAACAUAUUAUUUUUAAAUGUCUGAGUAAAAAACUAAAACUUUUUUCCCUUUGAAAACAAUAUAUUGUAUUUUUUUAAAAGAUUUAUAUUAUUUUGGAGCAGUAAAGACGUCAGGCUAUGUAAUUCAAAUGAAUCAUUGACUUCUGCUGUCUUCAUUUGUUUUAAUAACACAGAUUUCUUUACAAUUUAAAACAGCAUCUUUGGAUAUUUUUUUUCUGCUGGAGAUGCUGUUGUGCUAAAAAAAAAAAAUUAAAUAAAAAGUCUUACAUACCUUAGGAAUGGUAUUACAGAAAAUUUUGGCGGUUUUAAAACCUUGACUUUUCCAAACCGCGGUAUACCUUGAAAAGGUCGUCCCAUGCCUAGUUAAGACAUAUUCAUACCAAGAACUAUAACUGUACCAUCAACAACAGAGUUUUAACAUUCAAUAUUUACAUCACUGUUUAAUACCAGCAGACCACGCCACAAUAAUUCAUUGCAUUUUUGCAGUGUAUAGGCUAUUUGAGUUGAAAGACCACAUCAAAUCGUAAAAUCGUACGUAACAAAUUAUUAAUAAAGAUAUGAAUUCUGAAUUCUUAAAUGGAGCCCUUCAACUAACAAAUUAAUUAAAGUUUUAGGUGGAAUUGGCCAAUUUAAAAAAUAUGUAUUAUCAAAAUGUAUUAAUGAAAAAGAAUGGCCAUUUACUAAAAUAGCCACUUGUAAAAUUGGCCUAUAUACAGUUGAAGUCAGAAUUAUUAGCCCCCCUGUUUAUUUUUUUUCCAAAAAAUUCUAAACAUAAUAGUUUUAAUAACUCAUUUCUAAUAACUGAUUUAUUUUAUCUUUGCCAUGAUGACUAAAUAAUAUUUGACUAGAUAUUUUUCAAGACACUUCUGUACAGCUUAAAGUGGCAUUUAAAGGCUUAACUAGGUUAAUUAGGCAGGUUAAGGUAAUUAGGCAAGUUAUUGUAUAAUGAUGGUUCGUUCUGUAGACUAUCGUAACAAAAUAUAGCUUAAAUGGGCUAAUAAUUUUGAGCUUAAAAUGUUUUUAAAAAAUUAAAAACUGCUUUUAUUCUGCUUUUAAAUUGUGAAAAUUUCCUUGCUCUGUUUAAUAUAAUUUAGGAAAUAUUUAAAAGGGAAAAAAAAUUAAAAGGGGGGCUAAUAAUUCUGACUUCAACUGUAUAUAUUACAAAUCUAACUUUUUAAAACCAAUAUUAAGUGGUUAAUAUUUGUUGUUCUUCAGUGUUAGACCCACAUUUAGUCAUGGAGAUAAAAUAUUCAUAAUUUCAUAUAAAAUAAACGGCACUAUGUGAAGAUGUGUCCAACAAUGAAGAUAAAUCGCUGCCAUGUUCUUUGUAUAUUAUUCCUAAUUUUUGCACACCCACCAUGACAUUUUUACGGUACAGUUCAGUAAAAAGAAAAGAAAAAUGAAAGAAUUCAUAAAGUUAGUGACAUCAAACAUGGUGUAAAAACAAUAAUUUUACUGCCUAUUUGUCAACUACCCUCAUGUAAUUAGGCUAGCUGCUAGACGAAAUAACAAAGUGUAGUGAAUUGUAAAACUUUUUGCGAUAACUCAUUCCCUUUACGAUUAUGAAAAUAAGUCAUUUUAUAAUAAUUCCUACCUGUUUGCGAUGUCAAGCAGUGGGAAAACUGGAAGCUAGCCUCGUUCAUUCAGAAAUAGCCGUGCGCUAGUGAUAUGUUUAGCAUCCCUCACAAUUAACAACGACCUUUUCCACAGCUGACGAACGGUAAAACAUCAACAGCCAAUCAAAAUCCAAACCGUUCAAAAGAGCGCGAAUAUUUAAAAAAGAAGACGGUAAAACUGCAGCGCGCGCAUAUUCUAAAAACAACGUCUGGUGUGGACGCUAACGUACUUAUCUUUAUAAUUACAGUUCAUUUUGUUAACGGACCUCUGCAGUAUUAUGUCAGUCUCUAAUAUAUAACUGUUUAUAAAUUGUAUAUACAAAAUGUAGCCUACAUUUGGGGAAAUAUAUGCUAUGAUUGUAGCUGCAGAACACCGCCAUUUUCUUCAUUUUGUGUUGCUUCCUGUUAACAGUAUCGCUCAGAGACCAGAAAGUAUUGGUUAAUAUUUGUAUCCACAAGUGUUGCACAAAUAAAACUUUUUAUUUAUAUACACGA